CGUAUUUUGGAAACAGUACGGCUCCGACCUGUCGAGCUUUUCAAUUAAUUCAUUUUUGAAAUGUCAAAGGAGGAAAGUAGCCCGAUGAGCACGGAAUCAGCAGCUAGUGGCUUAUCGAAAGCAACGUUACAGACAUUCGCUAAUAAAACGGAUGAGCCGUCAAAUAUAUUAAAAGCUGAUGAAUAUACAAAAGGUUUAAACCAAGAACAUAUAAAAAAGCUGACACAAGAGGCAUAUAAGCGAUUCAUAGACUAUACCAAUGCAGAGCUGAAAUUAACCGUUGACGAUUGUCAAUUAUUGGAAGAGAUGAAUAAAGCAACAAAAGAAAAAUAUACCCAAAUAAACCAAAUGACUCAACACUUGACAAAAGAAAUGUCUAAACUACAAAAGUCGUAUAAUGAGUUCAAUCACUUCAUACAGCAAGUGGAAGAUAUUCAUGAAAAAUCAGUACAAAUGGAAAGGACAGCAAAAGCACUUGACGAGUAUUCACAAUAUUUAGAGGCUAAAUUGGUCAAUUUGAGGCCCACCACGUCUACUGCCACAUCCUCACCGAGAAAAAGAUAAAUUUUAAUAAAGGAGGGAUACGUCUAGUAAAUGACUCAUGAAGUAUAAAGCUUGUGUAAAGUGUGCAUUUCGAUAGGAGAUCAAAAAAAAA